AUGAAUAUAAUAUUGUCGAAAAGUAUAGUAAACAAAGCAAAAUCUUCGAAUAUUCAAGUAUAUCAUAAUCGACAAUUUCCAUUAAAAGAUAUUGUUGCUGUUCUUUAUCCACUUUUUGGUUCUUUUUAUCAGUACGAUGAAUUCAUUGAAAUGAUUAUGACUGUUCAUCAUAUAUUUUGUGCAUAUGAUCGAUAUCAAAAACGUUGCGUUGCUUGUGCAUUAGUUAAUAAUACUCGUAAAGGCAAAGGUCUUUAUGUAAUGUUAUUUGGUGUACGAAAAUCCAAUCAACAAGGUGGUGUAGGUACACAUUUAUUGAAAUCAGUUGUUCAAUGGGCAUAUCGGGCAGGAUAUGCAUUUAUUUAUUUACAUGUUCAUGUUGAUAAUUAUAAAGCUAUUGGUUUAUAUGAAAAAGUUGGUUUUCAGAAACAAGAAUAUUUAGUUGAUUAUUAUAGUCAACAACCAAAAGAAAAUCCCGAUGCUUAUCGAAUGGUAUUACAAUUAAGAUAG